AUGUCCAACAAGCGCGCCCGCCACGAGCUCGACCAGAGCGCCGUCCCCAAUGACGAUGGCUUCGUCCACGACCCCGACGCGGGCGACAGCGGCCAGGAUGACGACGACGACGAGGACAAGCCCAAGACCGACAAGAAGGCCGGCCGUCGGAAAAUCAAGAUCGAGUUCAUCCAGGACAAGAGCAGACGUCACAUCACCUUCUCAAAACGAAAGGCGGGUAUCAUGAAGAAGGCAUACGAGCUCUCUACCCUUACUGGCACACAAGUACUCCUGCUUGUCGUGUCUGAGACAGGUCUCGUCUAUACGUUCACCACCGCGAAGCUUCAACCCCUCGUAACGCAACCCGAGGGCAAGAACCUCAUCCAGGCGUGUCUCAACGCGCCCCAUGGCCAGCUCCCUUCCUCUCUGCCUGUCGGCACUCCCAUCAACCGCACCUCUAUGCCCAUGCAGCACCCACCUAACGUCCCUGGUGGGCUCGCGAUUGGUUCCGCCUCAAGUACCAAGGAGGAUGAAACGCAAGAGGAGAGUGAGGAUGCCCCCACAUCAGGCGACGCGUCAGGUCGCGGCAAUCCUCGUAAGCGCCGUCGCGCGUCCUCGUCCGUAAAUCAACCCCGAGGUAACACGUCUCCGGUCGUGCCUGGUGCGUCUGGCGCGCCCCAGGCUGGCGCACCUAGCCAGUCACCGCACGCUCGUCCAGGUCAGAUCCCUCCCGGUGCGCCCCCAAUCACGAUGGCCGGCGUACCUGCCCCGAUGCCCCUCGAACAUUCCCCGCGCCAGGGUGGUCAAGCCGCGCCGCCGCCAACAAGUCCCAACUAUGCUCAACCGCCCGGUGGUUAUCCGCCUCCACCUCCAAGCGGGGACCCCAACAUGUAUGCGCACCAGCAACAUGGUGGCUACCCUGGCGCCCCUCCGCCUCAACCCUAUGGGGGCUUCGGACACGAAGGUGCGCCGGCGUCGGCUGUGAGCCAGAACCCUUGGGCCACGCCGGGAGUGCAACACGGAGGGCAGUACGCGAGGAGAUGA